AGACAGCCCCCGCGCGCGCGCGGCGCCCCCACCCAACGGCCAACGCCGCCAGCCCGGCGGCAUCGGCGCUUCGGCAGCCUGGCGCGCCCGAGGGCAAGUACAGCCAUGGCUGACAGCGCACCGGCCCCCGGCGGCCGCGCGACACGUACACGCCCGGCCCCGCUGCGGUUGCUCGCCCACUUUUUCCCCGUCCCGUCCGGCGUCUGCGCCGCGGUAGGCGGCUGCUGUUAUUGUGGCCGACGACUCGACUCCUUCCAAGAUCCAUGGGAAUCUCCCGCUCCGCCUCCGCGGCCACCCACUCCUACCCAGGACGGGGAGGCCCGGCUAGCCGCUGGCAUAAGUAAGCCCCGGCUUGUCCCGCCGUUUUCCACCUAAUCCCAUCGUUAUCUCCUCCCACCCACGCCCCAACCGGACCCGUAACACCAAACAGUCUAAGGCCCCAACCACAGGAGGAGAGGUCAUCCGUCCUCGUGGAGUGAACAUCACGAGGGCGAACAAGGAAAAAGUAUGGCCGCCGCCGCUGCCACGGUGACGGCGGUGUCGAGCUGCGGCAAGCGCGAGCGCGACAUUGUGGACGCCGGCAUGCCCAAGAAGGGGAAGAGAGGGACGCCGCCGCCGCCGGAGGAGGUGGAGGCGUUCCUCGUCGCCGCGGAGAGCAGCUUGGCGCGGCGCUUCGCGGCCAAGUACAACUAUGACGUCGUCAAGGACGCUCCCAGGGACGGCCGGUGCGAGUGGGUCCGCGUGGGCCCGUGACACGAUCGCGCGCACGGCCGCUCGGCCAGUCAACCGUCAGAUCGAAGAGAAGAGGCCCACGCCCGUGUCCGCUUCGGUGUUGAUUUCCCUUGUACCGUACUAGCUACUUACCGUCUGUGUAACACUUCUCUUAGCUGUAAUUAUGCUCACGAGAGGGCUAAUCAUGUGAAGCCUCAACCUCACUACGUCAGUGGAUGUUCCCCUUGUAACUUAGCGUUUGGUUAACAUGUCGUUAUGUGUAGCCCAGGAAAAAGAAGCUGUAACUUGUCGCUAUGUUCGAUUUGUCGGUUCCCCGUUCAUAUGAUCAUAUCAAUGAAACAGAGUGUUUGGCAUUCAGGCCCACACAAA